GUACCUCGGCGUGGCCUCGCUGGCCGGCUCGCUACAUGACAGCUCGUGCAAUGAGGUCCCGGGUCUCGUGCACCAGCAGCUGCAAGUCUGCAAGGACAACCCCCAGUCGUUGAUGUGCAUCAGCGAGGGCGCCAAGCGAGGAAUACUAGAGUGCCAGAGCCAGUUCCGGUUCGAGCGCUGGAAUUGUACCACCCAGAAGAACUACACCGUUUUUGGGCCGAUUCUUAGAAAAGGUUGGAGUACGAGAGAGACAGCCUUCGUGUAUGCAGUACUCAGUGCAGGGGUCGUGCACUCGGUGACCCAGGCUUGUUCGGUUGGGAACCUCACAGACUGCUCGUGUGAUAUGUCCAGGUACGGCGAGGCUGACGUCGAGGGCUGGAAGUGGGGAGGAUGUAGCGACAACGUCAACUACGGCCUGUGGUUCAGCAAGACGUUUGUUGACGCCCCAGAGACCGUGGCCUCGCAGAACGGCAAGAACGUCAGGAACCUGAUGAACCUGCACAACAACGAAGUGGGUCGAAAGGUUGUGGAGAAGUUGAUGUCCAAGAAAUGUCGAUGUCACGGCGUUUCCGGUUCCUGCGCAGUGAAGACGUGCUGGCGGGGACUUCCGGCAUUCAAAGACAUUGGCCAGUCGCUCAAGUCCUUCUACGAGACCUCGGUCCGGCUGGCUGGACGCUCCAAGCAGAAGCUCCGCCGUAAGGAGAAGUCGAAGCGUCGGGUGCCGAUCAGCACUGAGGAGCUGGUGUACCUGAGCAAGUCCCCCAACUACUGCAAGCACAACCCCACCCGCGGGAUCCUGGGCACCACGGGGAGGGUGUGCAACCGCACGUCCGAGGGCCCGGAGGGGUGCAACCUGCUGUGCUGCGGCAGGGGCUACAACACGCAGGUGGUGAAACACGUGGAGCGGUGCCACUGCAAGUUCCACUACUGCUGCUACGUCGAGUGCAAGAGUUGCGCCACCAUGGUGGACAUCCACACCUGUAAAUAAACCCCUCCCCCCACCCCCGACAUGGUCCAUCGGCCACAGCAUUGUUAUCACUACCCACAAUUCCUCUACCACACGGACCAAUCAACGGAUUGCAUGGGCGUGGUGAAACGAAGUCCCAUGUCAACACACUUCUCGUCAAGUUUCGUCGUUGUGCAACUCUGAUCUGAUAUUAUUUGGCAAUAACCAUUUUAUUUUCACUAAUCCAUUGAAGUCGUGCACAUGUUCUCACAACAAACUACCAGCGAACUGUGAGGGGAGACAAUUUACAAUAGCAUCAUCUUCCUUGUGCAAAGCAUCAAACCGAAAGUGAACCUCAUCACCAACACGUCAUCCAAGAACUCUUCAAUGGUUUUUUUUUACUGCUCAAAACAAAAGAGCUCAUAUCUUAUUUUAAACUGCUAGUUUCUUCUUCCAUAGUAUAAGAUUUCUACAUCAUGUGUUCAACUGAUUUACUAAAUGAAUGAGGUUCGCCACAACGCUGAAAUGUUAUACUUUGCCAUUGCUCAAGAGUCGAGGAAAAUCGGUCAGCUUUUAAAUCCAAACAGUAGUAUUGUAAUUUAUUUGCUUUGCUAAUGUAAACUUGUUUUGUUUUGAUGAAUCUGUGUAUAAUUGAUGGAAAUGUAAAGUGUAACGCCGUGUGUAAUCAAUUAAUCCAUUAAUUAUUUAUCAAUGUAUUUCUCUAAAAAACAAAAAGAAACCUUGGAACGGUUUUUUUUUUUAUGUUUGAAUUUUUUUUUUUUAAAAAGAAAAAAUUUUUUGUGACUAUAUUUGUUAUAUUAGUCAAAUGUGAAUGUAAUUGUAAUAAUCGGUAAACGUUAUUACAUGUGCAUCUGUAACUUUCAUUACAUGUGUAACGACAUCUAACUUGAUUACAUGUGGAACUAGAUUAACAAGGAUUGUAGGAUCUAUUGCAUUUGUGACGUGAGUGAGGUUUAUCGAAAAAAUAAAACAUUGAGUAGACCAGAACUUCUUUAAACUUAAACUGUAAAGCUUGCCAGUCUUCCACGACCAUUCUUGACGUACAAUGUCAAAAUCUCGAGAUAAAUAAUUCACUCGUCUUCCUACAAUAAAACAUUGAGUAGACCAGAACUUCUUUAAACUUAAACUGUAAAACUUGCCAGUCUUCCACGACCAUUCUUGACGUACAAUGUUGUCAAAAUCUCGAGAUAAAUAAUUCACUCGUCUUCCUACAAUAUUGUCAACUUUGCGGUUCCAACAUAUUGGAGCGCCAAAUAUUCUUACCAAUUUCACUUCAACCUCAGCUCACAAACUACAAAAAAAAAACAGUAUUUUAAGGACUGGUUAGUUGUUUUUUUUAAACUGACAUUAAUUAGCGCAGUAAUGACUGUAACUGACCACAGUUAUGGCAUACCCCUCUUCUAAUUGGCUGUUUAAUCCCGAUCACGUGACAUCAAAUGGCAAACAUUUUUUAAAGUUUCUCGCAGAAUCAAGAGAGUUUUAAAAUUUCAUGUGGAGUUCGGAGAUUCCCUUUGUAUAAACACGAGUAUUUAAAAUUCUCGACAAGUUCAAUAAAUAUUACAUUAUUAAAAGAUUUAAUUUUUAAUUUUUUUACAUAUUUUCUUGCAUCCAACGGUGAUAUGUCUUUGGUACGCCCCCUACUGAUAGUGCCGUUCAGUGUAGGUGUAGUGGUCUUAGUGGGCUCAUUUUGUUAAUUCAGUUAGUUCACUUUACACUAAGUCCUGGUCCUUGAGGUCUCCUGGUUCAGUUCACAUGAAUCUGAGGCCACUUGGUUCAUAUGAAUCUGAGGCCAUUUGGUUCAUAUGAUUCUUAAACUCUCUAAGGACAUUUGGUUCAGUUCACAUGAAUCUGAAACUCUCUAAGGACAUUUGGUUCAGUUCACAUGAAUCUGAAACUCUAUGGGGCCACUGGUUCAGUUCACAUGAAUCUGAAACUCUCUAAGGCAAUUUGGGUUCAGUUCACAUGAAUCUGAAACUCUACGAGGCCACUAGGUUCGCCGAGCUUUAUGACGUCAUAAACCUGUAGUUACCUGAACCAUUUUUUACUGCGGGGGUGGGGAACGAGUUGGGCAGUAAUUUUCCAAAAAAAAUUAAUUAAUGCUGAGCUAAGAGGCAGCCCUAGAAGAGCUCUGGAGUGUGUGCUCUCAGCGAGAUUAUAUUUUUUAAAUGUUGGGGGGGGGGGGGGGGGUAAAUUAUUUUAAGUAAUAUACCGAGGUCUAGCUUCCAUGUUAGAUAUUUUAAUCACUCCCUUAGUUUGUUUACAGUUCAGAAUAGACUGACAUACCCACAAAUGCGAUUAUCUGAAGUGUAUAACUGUGAUGAAAUUUGAUUUCAAUGAAUCAAAUGUAUCAAACCUGUUAAAAUUGUGGCCAAUUUGUGUUACCAGAAACCAGCAGUAUCACGUGUUGUGGGUGAACCAAUCGUUUGACAGCGUCGUCUGUGUUAGCUGUAGAAUUUAUUGUUUCGUGUAGGAGUUUAGACCAGAUUUUUAGUGUGAUUGUUGUUAUUAUAAGUAAUACAAGAACAAGCAUUUUAAUUUAAUCCGCUUUUUUUAACUGACAAAACUUCUUACACAGCAUACAAUGUCCAGAAUUGCAAUAUAAAAUGUAUAGCAAGUUGUAUUUCUAUUCUAAUAUUAUUUCUUAUGAGAUUUGUACAAAGCAAUAAUACAUUACGUAGUUUUGUUUAGACUAAAGUGUUUUUUAUUUCGUUA